AUGGGAGGCGGUAAAAAUAAACAAUUUGGUUAUCCUCCAGGACAAUAUCCUCCCCAGUCAGGAGCUUACCCUCCACAAGGAUAUCCUCCUCAAGGGUAUCCACCCGCCGGAGCCUAUCCUCCUGCACAAGGAUAUCCACCAGCCGGAACCUAUCCUCGUGCACAAGGAUUUCCCCCGGCUGGUGGAUAUCCUCCUGCGCAAGGCUAUCCCCUGGCUGGUGGAUAUCCUCCACAAGGUCACGGAAACAUGGGAUCAAUGGCUGGAGGGAUGGCUGCGGGCACGGCUGCGUUUGGUGCUGCCAGUUACGGACGCAGCGGUCAUUAUGGUCAUGGAAAAUACAAGAGGGGCAAGUUUAAGGGUGGCAAGAAGUAUGGCAAGAAAUUCAAGAAGUGGAAAUAA